CCCAUUCCAUGUUUCCAGAAUUUCCUCAAUGUUCACCAUGAAACGAGCGUCUUCUUCCUCUUAUUUCCUUCUAUCGACUCUCCUCAAAUCCACCUCCAGAAGUAGGUUAUUGCCACGAUGCUUCUUCCUCGAUUCUUCUUCGCUCAAUCGAUCUCUCAUUUCUUAUCCAAUCUCUUCUGCGAUUCCUAUACCCACUACUAGGCACCAGCAUAUACUAUUGAAACUUCAUUCGCGCUGCUUCCAAACCUUGCCCGACUCUAGCCCUCCCAUUCCGUCUCGGCAGCGUAAACUCCGGGAGAAGUCCGACCUCGAGGAGUCCUUCGAGUCUGCAACGAGUACAGAAGACAUUCUGACCUCCUUCGAAGCGUUCGCGGCUAGGCUGGACGAGAAGGAUAAGAAGCUUGGUCUUGCUUGCUUAAAGGUUGGCCAGCAUCUGGACUCCAUUGGCUCUGACGAUCAUGAGAAAAUUUUAAGCUUUGGAUUGAGAGCUCUGAAGGUCCUUGAUGACGGUGGAGAAGCGUCUGUUUCAGUUGCCAUGGCCCUUCAUUUGGCGGGUUCCGCCACUUACGAGCUUAAGCGGUUCAACGAUAGCUUAGGGUUUUUGAACCGGGCCAAUCGGAUUCUGGGUGUCCUAGAAAGAGAGAAUUCUGAGGACAUUGAUGUCCGGCCUGUGAUCCAUGCUGUCCAGCUGCAGCUUGCGAACACCAAAACUGCGAUGGGAAGAAGAGAGGAGGCGUUGCUUAAUCUAAAAACGUGCUUAGACCUUAAGGAGGUCAUUUUGGAGCCUAAUAGCCGAGAAUUGGGCGUUGCAUAUAGAGAUUUAGCAGAAGCUUAUGCUGCAGUUUUGAACUUCAAAGAAGCAUUGCCACUGUGCGAGAAAGCACUAGAGAUUCAUCUAUCUCAGCUCGGACAAAAUUCUGUGGAGGUGGCUCAUGAUCGGCGGCUACUUGGAGUCAUACAUACUGGAUUAGAAGACCAUCAGAAGGCAUUGGAGCAGAACCGGCUUUCACAGAAGGUCUUAAAGAGCUGGGGAAUGAGUUCUGAUUUGAUCCUUGCGGAGAUUGAUGCAGCUAAUAUACAGAUUGCUUUGGGAAAGUACGAUGAGGCUGUCAAGACUCUCAAAGGAGUUGCUCAUCAGGCUGACAAUGACAGUGAGAUCCGGGCAUUGGUGUUCAUGUCUAUGGCUAGGGCUCUCUGCAACCAAGAAAUGUUUGCAGAGGCAAAGAGGUGUUUGGAGAUCUCCUGUGAUAUUCUUGAAAAGAAAGAAACAAUAUUGCCUUCAAAGGUUGCGGAAGCAUAUUUGGAGAUUUCAUCUUUGUACGAAACAAUGAAUGAAUUCACAACUGCGAUAUCCUUGUUGAAAAGGAGCCUUGAAAUGAUUGAGAAGCUGCCACAAGAGCAGCAUAUGGAAGGCAAUGUCUUGGGAAGGAUUGGAUGGUUGCUUCUCUUGACGGGGAAGGUUGAAGAGGGCAUUCAAUAUCUGGAAAGUGCAGCUGAGAGGAUGAAGGAAAGUUUUGGCCCUAAGCAUUUUGCAGUGGGAUAUAUUUACAACAAUUUGGGGGCAGCAUUCAUGGAAUUGGAGAGACCACAAACAGCUGCACAGAUGUUUGCGCUUGCAAAAGAUAUCAUGGAUCUUUCAUUGGGACCUCAUCAUGCAGAUUCUAUACAGACAUGCCAGAGUCUUGCUAAUGCUUACAGUGCGAUGCAGAGCUUCACCCUCGCCUUGGAAUUCCAAAAAAAAGUUGUUGAUGCAUGGGCAAGUCAUGGUGCUAGUGCUCAAGAUGAACUUCAAGAAGCGAGCCAAGUACUCGAGGACCUAAAAAAGAAGUCUUUUGGAUGGAUACCCAAUUUAAUUGUUGAACAUGCAAAAUCAUUGGCCGAAGGGAGCAACACUGCUCCUACAAAGCUUGUACCGCAAUGAUAUGGAGGUAGUUCUGGAUGGCAUCUACAUGAAGAACUUUGAAAUUAUUUGCACUUUUUAUGAUUGAAUGUUGUGAUAUAAUGGUGCCAAAUGCCGAACAUGCGGGCAUCUGUCGCCUCCAGCAAUUGCUUGAGAGCUGGUUCCUUUCAUGAUUUGUCAGCACUCAACUUUUCAUGCUCAUGCAGUCAUGCUUCUGGCCGCACGCGUGUUCCUAUAUAGGCUUCUGUAUAUCAUUUGAUGCGGCUAAGUUUUAUAUAUAUAUUUUUUUCUUUUAAGGUAGAUUUACAUGUAUGCCACUCAACAAUUCUUGAAUAAAACAUAAUGUGUAUGAGUCAAAAAAGUCAAAUGCACU